AUGGAUGUGACACUCGAGGCAAAAACUCAACCGCUGGCCAACCUGUCUCCGUUCAGUUACAUCCCACCACGACGGAAAGACCCGAAGGAAAUGUCCUUCUUUAACAAAGACUCCACGGCUCCGGAGGUCUCUGUGUACGACCAAGUCUUCCACCAGGCUGAGGGUUAUGACAUGAGAGUGCACCGGGACGACAGGAGACACUGUAAAGGAAGAGGACUAGAAAUAUACGAGGAGGAGAAGUCUCGAGUUGUGCCGGUGAGAUCCUCUUCGGAAUACGGCCGCCGUCCCGUUCCUGCCCUCUACCAAACCGGCCGGCAGCAUUCACGUGUGGCUUGCAUAAAAGCUGAAUUUUUCAUGAAGAACGGGAUCAUCUGGAAUGUGGCUGAAGGAUAUGGAUCAGUGGCCCCAAUUUGA